AUGGCAAAAGGAAGCCCCCCCAAAUGCUCAGAUUCCUCCAGGGGCCUGAGGACUCUAGGGAAACGGAGCAUAGGCGCGGGAACGCUGCGGGUGCGCGCAAAUGGGUGUGAGUUUGUGUCUUGUGACUGCGUGUGCUGGGCGCAGUGCAGCCGUGCGGGUGUCCGCCAGGUGCCCGCGCGUGGGUGCCCACCCGUGGGUGUGAAGCCCCGCCAGGCGCCGCCAUAUGGGAGCGCAGGUUCAGGAGUGCCACGGACGCGCGUGGGCUCUGUGGUCAGGAGCUGCGCACAUGAGGUUCACCCUCCGCGGUCCCCGCGCGCUCACACGGGGGUUCCCGCAUUUUCAGGGUCCCCGCGCGCGGCUCGGACAGCGCGGGGUAAGGGGACAGCCUGCGAUUCCCCCGGGCGGACCCACGCGGCCGCGGUAUCUCGCGCGUCUCCCACCUGGACUUGGCGUUGCCUGGUGCGGCCUCGCGCGUGCGGCCCGGCUCCGUAUGCGGCCGCGCGUCCAGCGCUCUUGGCCGCAGCCCGCACUCCCUGCGGCCGAGCUGGGCGCUCGCCGCUCUCCGCGCUCUCCGACCGCUCACGUGAUGCCGCGGGCGCCGCGAAGGCUCGCAGGAGGCUCGGCCUCGGGCGCGCGCCCCAUUGGCUAACGCCGAGCGUCACGCGCCCCGCCCCGCCCCGGCCGCGCCCUCCAGAUGCCCACGCGUUCCCGGGCCUCAGCGUGGACUCGCACUCGGUCCUCCUGAACGCACCGGUCACGGCUACCCACCGGAAUGCGCGCUCACUGAGCUGCCCUCCGCCUCUGCGGGACUGUCUGCGGAGGCUUGCUGACCACCACCCUGCUACAGUCCUGCACGGGACUCUGGGCCCGCCUGUCCGCCCGCCCUCCUUGUGUGUCCGGGCCCGCCUCCGAGACUUUGUGACAUCACAGCUCUUGCGAGAAUGGUUGCCUUGGCGCCAUAAACGCAGUUCAGGACCAGAAGACUGGAGAACUGCAGACCGAGGCUUCGGAGUGAGCGGGGUGCGCGCGGCUGGAAACAGCCUGGAGUUCGUGAACAACAGCUCCUCUUCGUUCCUUGAAGACAAAAAGAAACAUCGAAAGAAAAGCAAAGGGCUCUCGACUGUCUCUGACCCUACAAGUAACCCUUUCCACAUAUCAGGGGAUGUGGACUUUUUUUUGCUCAGAGAGCAGGAGCGGAAUAAAACUAUUGUAGACCGUGAACAAAAGAAGAUGUUGAAGGUGCACCAGAAGAUGACCUAUGCAUCCAAUGUGUCCGCCAAGCACACCAGCCUGCGCCGGGAGCUGCAGCUAGAAGAGGAGAUGGAGGAACAGGAGCUGCUUGCUGAGACCCAGCAACUGCAGUCCUUCCGCAACAACACUGUCUGGAAGCUGGCCAUGACGGGAGAUAAUAAUGUGGAGACAGAAACCCUGAAUGACUACAUGGAGCAGAAGCGCACCAUGUUUCUCCUCCAGUACGCUCUGGCAAUGAAGCGCAAUGAAAUCCAGCGACUGGAAAUGCUGGCAACCCGGGAGGAGAACAGGCUGGAGAGGGCCGAGAAGUUUCUGGAGAAGGAUGCGAACUUGUUUGAUGAGUUCCUCAGGGAGAACGACCGCAGCUCAGUGCAGGCCAUGAGACUGGCUGAGAAAGAGACCAAGAUCAAGAUGGAGAAGAUCGUUGAGAUCCGGAACCUCACAACCCAGAUCAUGACCAUCAAAAGCGAGAUCUCCAAAUUUGAAGACACUUUGAAACAUUACAAGAUCUACAAGGACUUCCUAUAUAAGCUGUCACCCAAGGAGUGGCUGGAUAAGCAGGAGGAGAAGCGUCUGGCUUUGAAAAAGGCCAAGGAGCUUGUGGAAUUCAAGGACAGCAGCACGGCCACUUUAGUAGGGGCCAAAGGGUCUAGCAGUAAGAGCAAGACAGCCUUGGUGUGGAAAGAAGUUCAGAGCUUGAAGAAAUCCUCAAAGCUCACACGGUCCUGGCAGACCCCAUCUAGCAGUCAGAGCCUCCCGAAGGUUGGCCAGCGCAGUCAGCCCAGCCUGUACAGUGAGCUGGAGUUCAAACUGUCAAGCUCCACGGCACCAUCACAAGAAGACACUGACAGCGAUGGGGAGGAGCUGGCACUGUACUUCACUGAGCCCCAGCAGCUCUUGGACAUCUUCACGAAGCUAGAAGAACAGAACCUGUCACUGAUUCAGAACACGCAGGAGAUGGAGGAGACCUUGGAAGACUUGAACAUCACUCUGAAAAACACCCAGAUCCGCAUGGACAAGGAGGUCAACCUGCUGAAGCAGUGGAUCGGCACCAUGAUGAUAUCAAUCUCCAAGGAGGAGGAGUCAGCAGCAGAGCUGCAGCUCAAAGCCCGUGUCUUCCACUUUGGGGAGUAUAUGGGUGACGAGCAGGACAAGGUGCUGGAGAGCCUGAACCACAAGGUGCUGGACGUGUACCGGAACUGUGUGGGCACUCAGCAGGAGACCAACCUGGGCACAGUGCAGAUGCUGACUGUGGUGGAGCACCAGCUAGAGGAGCUGCUGGAGAACCUGGAGCGAGUGCCCCAGGUCAAGAUCGAGCAGGCUGAGAAGGCCAAGGAGAGGGAGAGGCGCAUAAGGCUUCGUGAAGAGAAGGUCCUGAUGCAGAAGCAGCUGCAGGAGGAGCGUCUGCAGCGCGCUCUAGCCAGGGCCCAGGCUGAAGUAAAAAAGAAGAGAGGCAGGAAAUUGACAUGCCGCUCCCAACCACCAGUCAUCAAAACAAAGGAGCAGUCUGAACACACGAUGAUGGACAAGGACAAGGAGGAGACACUCUUCUUCUUCACGUAGCAGCAGAGCUGGCAGAGGGCUCAGAAAGAGG